CACGCGGGAAGGCCUCAGCUCGCGGCACGAUCGAUGGCGGCGAUUGAGUGUUUGUUUCGUUGCAUUCUCCCUCACAGUCGAAAGGUCCGUGUUCAAUAUUAUCGAGUUGCAAGUUCUUUCGUUCGACAACAGUACACGAGACCUUCGGAGGACUACGAACUCAGUGAGGUGAGUAUUUUUCACAUUUAAUGUAAUGUUCAUUAACUAUUAUAUAAUUUUGGAUUUUGAUGUCGUAAUAUUAAUUUGCUGUGAUCUACAGAAACUCACGUGAAACUCUGAUCUCACAAUUGAACAACUGGCAUUUGGAACCGUUAUACUUGUUAUACUAAAGAUAAAAACAAAUUUUCAUGACUUUUUGCUCUCGAUAAUGGAAGCAGAGGACGAUUAUGUUGAAGUGCCCGUAUUCUCCUACAAAAAAUGGCAAAUUCUACAUCCUCGACUCAUGAUCAAUGCACUAAUAAUUGAUAGGUUCUGUUGGUAGUAAAUUUGUCUGGUAAUAUCAUUCUGUAAGACUAUAUAUUUUGUAACUUCAGCUUGUUUUUCUGUAAUUCUUAUUUAUCCAUAUGGUUUAUUCAGUUACUUUACAAUAUUUAACAAUUAUUGCGUCAUGCGUCAGCGUGCGUAUGUCGAGAUAGGCUGAUAUAGCAAGAGAACGGGAACGUCAGUUGACGACGGUGCGCGCAAAUCAAACAACUGGCUUGACCAAUGGCAGAGUGGCAAAUUGGGCACCAGAAGUCGAGUAUAGUCCUUGGCGCGCGCUUUCCCGUUCUCAUAUGUCGUUCCCGUUCUGUUGCUAAAUCAGCCUAUUGAGCACGCGGGAAGUUUGGAGAGCACGAGAGAGGCGCAGCCGAAUGCAACUCUAGCCUCUUGAGUGCUCUCCAAACUUCCCAAGUGCUCAAUAUCUCAACAUACGCACAGCUGCAGCAUGAACUAAUAGCCCUUAUGCAUGUUUACGUCACACAAGCAAAUUUCACCACCAAGCCUCGUUUUGAAAUUAAAAAUAAGCGAAGUUUCACAGAAAUGAAUUCCCAAGGCAGUAGAGUUGAAAAGAAUACCCACGCACAAAACGUGCAAGUGCAAAUGCAAAAAAUUUUGUUCACAAACGAGGCUUGUUGGUGAAAUUUACUCGUCUGACGUAAUCAUGCAUAGGGGCUAUUGUUUUAUAACAUUAUCAAAGUGAUCAGUGCAGCAGUUAACUUAAGAGUUUAUUAUUGUAGGGCGCACUCAAAGCAGUAUGCGUCAAUGUUUGCGUGAGUAUAUUUUUUUCCCUCACUCUUAAGCUUAUGUUUUUAUCCUGAAACUCAGAGAAAGUGUACUCUAAAAUGAUUGUAAAAUCCAUAUGUAGGUGCUGGAAAACUAUUAAUUUACCGAAAAAUUGUUAUUGAGAGAAAACAACUUUGCAAAGAAUGAUCUCACGCCAUAGCCCGCACAGCUUGCAGAGACAACAACAACAACAACAACAACACUCACCUCUUUUCCUUACUAUCGGUUAGCAAAUUCAGACGUUUCCUCUUAAAUUUCCUUACAAAACACAUGGUAUUAAAAUGCUUCAAAGUGUACAGCUGAGUUGUGGAUGCACUCAGGAGACUUAGGAUUGCUAAGCUCACAACAACUUGAGGAAUUACGAUUAGUUUAUUGACGUCAUCAGCAUGCUUAAUAGGAAUAGGAAGCAUGCUCGCGCUAUUGAAUUUGAUUAGGCAAAUUUUCUAGCUAUGUUGUAAUAUCUGUUAUGACUGCUGUAGCCUUUCCUCUCCACCGCCUCGUCUAGCUUUUGCUAUUUGCGGGCAGAGACGGCAAAAUAUGUGUAUGAAAAUAAAGUAUAGUGUGUGAAACUGAAAUAGUUGGUCUUAGCAUAAGUACAGAAUACAGGGCAACUUUUUAGUUGCUCCAGAUAUAUUCUCUUCUAUUCCCUGUACAAAAUGAUAUUUUUACCCGUAAUUUAUUCAACUGAAACCUUUUUGUGGGGUAAUUAACACACAAAAUGAUUUGUCUCUCAAUGUAUUUUAUAGUAAAAUUGUGAUUUCCUUAGACUGUGAGCAGUCCCCAGCCUUUUCAAUCAGCCAAGUGGAGGCAGAGCCAUACUGGAGAGGGCAAUUUAGUCGGAGGCUCAGUAAGACUGCAGAAAUUCCUGUUGGAUUGCUCACAGUCCUAAAAGUGUAAUUUACUGUUCAAAUUAGUUGUUAAUGAACAGUAAUAGAUGUGACAGUUUGUUGAACUAUGUCACACCAUGCUGCAUAGUUUUUCCAGUCAACAUUAAAAUUUGCUAUCCGGUUGACACCUGUUCACACUGUUUCAAAGAGUGGCUUAGAAACUUAUUCAUGCGAUAUGUGAUGAUCCACUUUCAAGAUUGGCAUGGGGCAACUUCCCUUUGUUACAGCAAAAAUUUUACCAAAAUCACAGUUCACGUGUGUGAACAGAGGCCCUAUCCAAUCUGAAUUCUGUGUAGGGACGGACAAGAGCUAUCCAGUAUACUCAGGGGCACCCAACGACAAUUUUCGGAAGAAUAUCCAUUCGGAAGACGAUUUGAGAUCUAGAAUUUUCGAAACAUUUGUUGUAAAAUUUCUUGCUUGCCCGUCUCUCCUAGGAUUUUCGCACAUCUAAAAAAUGGUAGAAUUGCCUAUUUUUAACGGAUUUUUACCCUAAAAAGGUCACCUAGAAUUUUCGGGAGCCUUUUUUCUGGCUGAAAUUUUCGAAAAGGUAAGUUUUGAUCCCUAUAAUUUUCGGAUCACUAGACUUUCAGCUAGGAAAUCCGAACGGAUGAAAAAUUUUUAGGGCAUAAAAAUAUGCCUAUAUCUGCCGUUGAAAUACUAAAAUAUGUUUAAAAAUGCUAUGUUUGAGUGGUUUUGAACUAUAUUCUCAUUGGGUGCCCCUGUAUACUGUAGGCAUAGCCUUAUUCUUCAACAAGUUGUUAAGUUUUAUCCUCUCAAUCACCUAGUAGAAGGCCAGUUUAAUGUGGCUAAAUGUAAUUUAGCAAGGUGAAAACACAAGACAAUGCGGGCCAGUGGUCUCUGUGGCUAUAUCAUAUAUGUUGCAGGCUUAGGGCUUUUUCAGGGCCCCAGUAUUUUUACAGCACUGCUUGGGAGGUCAAGUCAUUUCACACGCAUUGUCUUCACUUGCCUUUUGCUCCCAACCCUUCCCUCCCUCUGUGUGGGUCUUGGUAAGUAUCUGAAAAUUUUCCACUGAGGUUUUCAGUGUCACGGUGCCUGGUGGUUACCGCUCACAGGGUUGUCAUGGUUACCUUCACGCUCGCUUGCAGCUCCCUCAGUUUAUUCAGUCACCUUCCCCACACCCAUCUGGUUUAAUACAUAAUGCCUUUUGUUUCUGACAUAUUUAUUGAAAAUGCAUUCAACUUCCAUUAUUCAAUCAUUGAGAGUCAAUAGUUUAAACGUUCCUGUGAACCUUAGCUUACAAAAGUGCUUUUCACUGUAAUUUGCUGUUAUUGUCAGAGUGAAUUUUGUCGAAAUGAUGUCAGAAAAUUGAUAGCACUGAGUCUUUGGUAUUCUCUUUUACUUUCUUUCAGUUGCAUCUGUCAAGAACUAAGAAGUAUUUUAAAGAAGAAGAACUGAGACCAUUUUCAGACUUUCUCACUGACAAAUUUGGAAGGCAACACACGUAUCUUAGGAUUUCACUAACAGAACGAUGCAAUUUAAGAUGUAAGUAUUACUUCUUGAAAAUAUACUGUAUUGCUAUUCAGUGAGUAAAUUAUAUAGCUAUUAUGAUUUUUAGCAUAACGUUGCAUUGCAAAAGCCACAUAGUUUGUUGUAAAAUUUUAAAUCAGAAGCUCAUUUGCGUGCUGUGCUGAGAAUUGUCCAUUAAUAUCCUUCCACAUUUUGCGCAAUUAUUUAUUCUUCUAAAGUCUGGGGUACAGUUGAUCUAUGGGUGUGGCUUAUUCUAGGUUACCUCAGAGGCUCCUGAUCUAAUGGCAAAUUCUUCUUUUGAUUUUUCCACACAUACAAGGCAAAUGGAGGGAGAAUAUAGAUGACUAUCAGCCGUGACCUUAAGCUUUAUUCCAGGCAACUUUUCAAUUAACCUAAAAAUAAUUUCUUUCCUUAGGUCAGUACUGCAUGCCAGAAGAUGGUGUUGAACUGACACCAAAUGAUGAACUCUUAAAAACCGAUGAAAUUAUUGCUUUAGCUAGACUUUUUGUUAAAGAAGGAGUAGACAAAAUUAGGCUCACUGGCGGUGAGCCAUUAGUAAGAAAGGACAUCGUGGAGCUAUGUGGUAAGUAAUUAUAAAAUAGAUUGUUUUGCUAUGUAAGUGAUUGCCAAAUUUCCAGUUCCAGUGGCCUAAGAAAUCCAGGGCUGUAGCAAGCCUUUAGAAACUAGGGGAGCAAAAAGAUUUUAGGUAGCUCAUUGUAUUUGAAAAGCAGAAGUGUUGAGGUAUGGAGAACCCAUUGGACAGGUCUCUGUAUCUUAAAACCAAAAAAUGUUUCACCUAGCUGCAGAGACAUUGUUGUUUCAAUGCUCUAGGAGAUGAAUUUUGACUUUCAACUUUUAUGCGUGCAUGUUUUGAUUUUGGGGCAAAAAUAUUUCAUGUGUGUGGAUAACAUUAUAUUUUCACGUGUGAAGAUAUCAUGUUUUCGCGCGAAAGUUCACCUGGUAUCUCUUUGGCGUUUAUGUAAUAAAUGGUACUUAAAUAUUUUUAUGUUAUUGUUGGACUCCUAAAUUCCACAAAAAUAGCUGAAUAUUUAAGUCCACAUCUGGAAUUAAUACUGAAAAUUUAAGGCCUGCUGAACAACACAUCCCGGCCACCAGCUUACAUGUACAUCCUGUUAGUGGAAACAAAACAAGCAAACAAUAUAAGAUAUUAUUCAUUUCUAGUUUGUGUGUAAUGAUAGCUGGACAAGGGCUCCAAAAAAACUUGAAUUCCAGCUUGUCCUUUGGGCAAGCAUUUAUCACAUUUUUCUUGCCUUGGGCCCCUUCUUGCUCAUAUAAAUUAAUGAUUUUGUUAGAGGAUUAAUUGCCUACAGCCUUGCCUAUUGAGCAAGUAAUUAAGCUUUAGAAUUUACGUGAAUGCCCAGCAAGGAAAUCUACUCGUCCCAAACUAUCAGACGGGACUUUUUUCAAGCCCUGAUAGGGUAAGUUAUGGUUAGUCCUGGUUAGGGUCAAGACAGUCUUUUUACUAUUGCAAUGUUUACAUCUUGAUUUUGUUAUCAACAGAGGAACUGGGUAGAAUAGAGGGACUAAAAACAUUAGCUAUGACAACCAAUGGUAUAACCUUGUCAAGAAAGCUGCCUCAACUAAAAGACGCAGGACUAAAUUUACUCAACAUUAGUCUUGAUACAUUAGUACCACAGAAGUUUGAGUUCAUAACUCGGAGAAAAGGUAUGCACUUCAAUCUGUAAUGUUUGAAAACGUCACUUUAAGUCAGCAGAAAUACAGUAAUGUAGGAAAUCGUUGUAACCUAGGUGGUUGUUAACUUUUCUGAUAAAUUAUCUCUUCAAAAUAUCAGGCCCACACCCCCAACCCCCCACCCACCCACCCCUGGAAGGGGUGCUUUUUCAUUGCUGGGUCAUGCAUGUAUACCUGGAUGAGGAGAGACAAUGUGGAGCAAAGAUUCUUGCCUAUUAAAAUUGCUUUCCUUUAAUUGACAUUGUCAAUCCCAGGGUUUCAGCAGACCAGGAUUUUUCACUGUUUUUAAGCAAAACAUGUAACAAAAACAACAACAAUAAAAAAUAAUAAUAAAAUGUAAAUCUUCAUUUUUCGUUAAUUCAAGUGUCACAAAAGUGGGCAGGCCCAAGAUCAGGUAUCCAGAUUUAAUCUUGGUGGGUCAGUCAAUUAUGUGUUGGAAAUAAUAUUACAUUCUUUUAUGUAGUACAUGUUUGUCUAGGGUAGGUCAAAAUUAAAUUAAGGUUAAAUUUUUUUAAACCUAGGUUGCUUGUCAAUUUCCAUUGUCUCCUAGCCCUAAUUCAAGAAUAAUUAGGGUUACGAGAAAAAGAAAAUUCAGAAUCAAUUGAGGUUAAAAAAUUUUAACCUGAAUUUAAUUUCUGAUUACAAAAGGAGAGAAAGGAUUUACAGUAUAUAAAUCAGAUAAAACUGUUUUAGAGUUAUUUUUGGAAAAGUACGGGUCAGACUUCCUUAAUACUUUGUCUGUUACGUUUCAUUACAAAAAAAUUUAGUAGGCAAAGAAGAAUUAAUUGAUUGUAACACGAGGUUGUCCAUUUUUCUAGGUUGGCAUAAAGUUAUGGAGUCUACAGACUGUGCCUUAGAACUUGGUUAUGACCCAGUUAAGGUAAGUUUUUCUUAGUGCACAGACUUGUUAUUUAACCGUAUUUCUACUGGGCGUAGUGAGAAAAUUCAGAAAAAGGGGGAUGGGUGGGUGGCAGGAUGCUUGUCUGCAAAACAGAUGUGGUAGAACCUCCAUGUGCGACCACCUCUCAUAAUUAGCAACGACCUCCCAUAAGUGACUGUCUAUUCAAAACACCAAAACUUUCCCCAACGCCUUACAGUUAAUGGAACCUCUGUUAAACAACCAACUUCUGUAAGUGACCGCGACCACUUUUUGGGCCUGACGGUUUAAUGAUUUUCCGUUGUUUUUAACCUCCUGUAAGUGACCACUAAGUCUUUGCAUUUUGGGUGGUAGCUUACGGGAGGUUCAACUGUUCUAUUUAUUUUACUGAGAAUUCCCCGGGGAUAUCUAAGCAAACUAACAACCAAUAAAAUAGGACACACCAUUUGUUUGGCAUAAAGAGAGAUUUAUUUCAAGUAAAGCGAAAAACCGAUAAAACACCCGACGAAAUAAAGCUCUCUGCCCACCAUCGGGGUGGGAGGGAUGGGUAAAGGAAAUGUACAAACGGAUCAAGAACACGUUCGAGCAAAAACUUGCAAGAUGAUAAUUCGAGAUAAGUGUACAAUACGCGUGCAGCGCAGGUUAAACUACAUGUAACAAUAAACCACGUGCUGAACAUGCAGCGAGAUCAAUAAAGCUAUUACGCAAUGCUGAUGAGUGAUAAAUGACAAAACCCACGAACUGAUCUUCGAUGUGGGGAAUUAAUAAUUUUGAAGCGUCCUCCAAAAUAAACAAAUUCCCCGGGGAUAUCUAAGCAAACUAACAACCAAUAAAAUAGGACACACCAUUUGUUUGGCAUAAAGAGAGAUUUACUUCAAGUAAAGCGAAAAACCGAUAAAACACCCGAAGAAAUAAAGCUCUCUGCCCACCAAAACAAGCGCAACAAAAUGGUGUGUCCUGCGGAAAAGUACAUAACACAACGAAUUAAGAAAACAGAAGCGAAGAACUAACGCGUUGAGCUACUCGUAACUUAGCCGGCAAGGAGAACUCUAGAUAACUUUUAUAGGCGUCGGAGGACCAGUCCCCGAAAACUUGAAUGAGUUCUCCAGGAAGUUCACACUGAAAAGCCCAAUUCGCCCCUCCCCUGCGAAAAGAAUGUCCACGAUAUGUGUGCGCGUGGGGAAUGGCUGCCGAAAAUAAACGCUCACGAAAGACCUGGACGAACUGACGCUAAAUAACCGGGGAAAGAGAGCCGUCCGGAGAUGAGAGAAAAAAUGCGGGUGACAUGGGCGAUGCCGGAGUGAGAGCACACAUUCUGUGAAACAUCUUAACGGGACACAAGGGCGAAUUGGGCAUAGCAACUAAAGGCAAAAGCAAAUGACGUAUACCAGUCUGAUUAGUUUUAGACCACUUGAAAGCGACAGUGAGACCAUGGGGGGCUGAAACGAUAUCCCCUCUACACAAAUGCUUACGACAAUCAAAAGAUCGCGUAGAAAGAGGAACGAUGUUAGAAAUACGUGCCAUAAGGAAAAAGGCAAACAAAAAGGCACACGAAAAGGUGAUAUACUCUGGGGAAGAAUCGACACUACGAGACAACUGAAUCAACGAAAACAGAAUGGAGGGCGUGACAGGAGGCGCGCGCGUAGGGCAAUGUAACGCCAUCCUGUCAAUACCACGAAGCGUAAUUCUAAUGGAAAAGGUGCGAAGCGAGGGGAAAUCAUGACCCAAAGCGACGUGUAAAAACUUGAGCCCACUAAGAUAAUUACGCACCGAGGCCGGCGUUAAGGAUCUACUUAAAAAUUGAGAAAACAAACAAACGGUAUCAACCGUGGCUGGUAGAAAAUCGAACGAAAAAUAUAAACAAAACAAUAAAUAUGUCCGCCACUGCGUGAGGUGGUUCUUAUGUGUCCCUGCCGCAAAGGCGGCCUUGCGAGUGACCUUUAAAUCUCGCCGCAGUUCUCGUAGUUCACGAUCUAUCAAUAAAGAAGAAGUAAGAAAGGCUAAUUAAUAAUCAUAAACUGUGAAGACAUCAGGAGGCACAGGGACUGGACUCAAACGUGAGAACACGGGAAGUAGCUUGAAACGUGCCUCAAAACUACUGUCAAUAUGCCAACGAGACAAUAAAUCUGCGGCGCGAUUCUCGUCACCGGGGAGAUGAACUGCGCGCAGUUCAAAGUCAUGAGAGGCUGCGAGGUACCAGAUUUCACGCGAAAUGGCGGCUAGCGACUGAUCCUUCACUCUGCCUGAAGUGAGUGCAGAAACCACGGCAGCGUUAUCGCAAAAGACUUGAAUGCGGCAACCGGCCCACAGGUGACCCCACAAACGUAGAGCAACCAAGAUAGCGAGCGCUUCCAAAAGGUGAAUCUCGGAAAACCGAGCAAGAACGUCGGCGGGGAACUGAACGUGAAAAUACUGGGACUGUGUCAAGCCACCACAUCCCGAUAAGCAUGCGUCAGUGGAGAACACGGCGUCGGGAGCAGUACAGACCAGCGAGGAAAUGAUUGAAACGCCGUUAUAGGUCCGCAUGAAGCGAAGCCACCACGCAAUGUCCCUGCGAAACUCUGUGAAGGAAAUGUACAAAGGAAAUGUACAAACGGAUCAAGAACACGUUCGAGCAAAAACUUGCAAGAUGAUAAUUCGAGAUAAGUGUACAAUACGCGUGCAGCGCAGGUUAAACUACAUGUAACAAUAAACCACGUGCUGAACAUGCAGCGAGAUCAAUAAAGCUAUUACGCAAUGCUGAUGAGUGAUAAAUGACAAAACCCACGAACUGAUCUUCGAUGUGGGGAAUUAAUAAUUUUGAAGCGUCCUCCAAAAUAAACAAAUUCUUUAAAAAUAAUGAAAGAUUUCACUGAAAAAGAGAGGGGUCAAUCCCCUCUGAUCACCCCUUGAUCCACCUGUGGUUUGUAAUGUGUGUUGUUUUUUGGUGGAGGUGGGGGAGGGGGGGUGGAAUUUGUGCCCAAUGUCCCAGUUGACCAACAUGUUCAAAUGAGGCAGUUUCAACAUGUUGAUUCUUCUUUAGGUGAAUUGUGUUGUAAUGAGAGGAAUGAAUGAGGAUGAAGUUUGCAACUUUGUUUCACUAACACAAAAUAAGGUCAGUAACUAAUACAGUGUACAGUUGACUGAAACAGAAUCCACUACUUGUUUGUGUUAACUUGUUAGCAUGUAAGUUUUUUUGGCUUAAAGCACUACGCACAUUCGUGUAAGUAGCUAUGGCAUUGUUGAUGGUGCUAUUGUGUUGAUUACUUGGCCUGGCUGAACUAAGAAACAUUGUUCUUGGCACAAAUGUUUCUCAGAUUAUCCACACAAGAAACAAAAUGUGGCAGAUGCAAAUUUUGCUUCCCCAGACUCAAGACAAUUAAUGCUCUUAAAUCAAGUUAAAAACAUUCUUUCUUCAAGGAACCAAUUUUCAUCUGCACCAUUGUUUUCUAGUUUAGGCAAUCUCUUAAUCAUACAUGUGCGCAUGAUUUUUAUGUAAUAAUAAUCACUUUAAUCUUUCAUUGUAUUUUAAUAAUAUAUCAGUCAUUAGGUAUUAAUUAAAUUAAUAUUUUUUUUUCUUGUUUUUAGCCACUUGAUGUAAGGUUCAUAGAAUACAUGCCAUUUGAUGGUAAGAUAUGAAUAUACUAGGUUGUACAUUUGUUAUUGUUUCAGUUUAGUAUUAAUGAUUAUUAUUGAAGUAACAAAAUAAUUGAUGGUCCAAUUAGAACAAUUGUGACUGAAAUUACAAUCUGCAUUGAUCAACUCUCUAUAGUCAUCUUUGUUUUCUAUUCCUUCACCAGCUAUCAGAAGCAUUUUAAAGCCAAAUGUUGUAUCAUGGUUCUUAUUAUCAUUACAUCAAUCAUUUGUUGACUGCUUAACUUGCUUUAUUUUUUUGUUGCUAGGAAAUAAAUGGAACUUAAAGAAAUUUGUACCAUACAGUGAGAUGCUAGAGAGUAUAUCACAAAAAUGGCCCAAUAUAGAGAGACUUAGUGACCAUCCCAACGAUACUUCUAAGGUAUUUGUUCAGAUUUCUUUAUGAUAUUUAUCAUCCAUGCAAAAUAUUUCCCCAUUUCUGAUUGGCUCAAAUCCCUUAGUUAAUCUAGCGUUGACCAAAUUUGGAAAACAAUUGCAAAAUACGGAAAAUGACGUCAAUAAUACAGAAUAAAUGCCUGAAAAAGGGAGGGUAUCUGAGAAGCUCUGGGGACAAGGUUGCGAUGGCGGAACGUUUCACAUAUUCCACACAUUUUGCAAAUAAGAAAUAGACAAUCUACUGCUGAAAGAAUACAACUCGACAGAUGACACCUGCUAUUUGAAGAAAUAGUAAAACUGCCAAAUUUACAUCUACAUUGUACAUCUAGGACAAAUCCGUUAGUGCUGCCCUUUCUUGACUUCACCUUCGAUUUAUCCUUCCCCCAAUUUUUCUUAGGCAUAUAGAAUUCCUGGUUUUGUGGGUCAAAUUGGGUUUAUCACCUCUAUGAGCGAGCAUUUUUGUGGUAGCUGCAACAGACUUAGAAUUACAGCAGAUGGAAACUUAAAGGUAAAUAAAAUGAACGUAUUUCAAACGUAAGUUAUUGCCAGUAUCAUUUAGAAACAAAUAAAGAAGACUAAGCGUCGAAAAUAAUGUCGUGCGCUCACACAUUUUUUCCGCGUCGUUGUAUGUGUUUUCCCGCGCUUAGCGUUAGUGAUUCGCUGAGAAAUCUCGCGCCACAAUUUACACCAAUCAGAAGUGAAAUUGAAACCACUCGUGACCUGCUUGCGGGCAAUUUCCCGCGCUCAGCGCCGGCAACAUCCAUUACGAUCGAGUUGUGAUUGGAUGAUUUGAUUUAUUUGUCAGCUCGUGUUAAGAUUUGCUACAAAGCUGUUGCACCACUCAAAUACAAUAACAAACUAAAGUACAUUUAGCACCAGCUUCGUUGCCAUUUUCUCACAGUAAUUUCGAGUUCUGGUUGUUCCUUUGGGUUGUCUGCGUCCAUUCGAUUAAAUAGGCAGGAAAAUUUGUCACGCCAGUUUCUUAACCAGUCAGAGUUAAACCUGUUUUUCUUCGCAUACUCGCGUUUCCGGCGCCUAAUAGGGACUUCAAGAUCGAACGACGUGACGGCGACAAGAACGUCGCUUAAAAAGUGAAUUUGCGUUCUUUCAGUCUUUAUAAGCGAUUAUUCCUACGCACUUUGUCAAUUGUAGGCGAACCCUCCUGAAGCUGAAUUUCAAGGGACCAAAUUCAAGCUCAGAAAGAGAAAUAAAAUUUCGUCGUUGCUUGUUUACGUCCUCCAUAAAACCUGAAAUUAGGCAUUUUCACGUCGUAGUCGUGCAAAAACGGGAAAGAAAUGUACAAAAAAGUGUGAUGCACGUGCGAAGUUGUUGUUUUGCUAAUUAAACCAAUUGUUUUUUUGACGUUCUCGUUGCCGUCCCUAAUACCCCUAACCGCAUAUUUCACGAGAUCAUUUAAUUGUCAGCUCGUGUUGUGAUUGGCUGAAGAAGUGACUUUGAUUAUUUGCCACCGCGUCACCAGUAACAAUCCCGGAAACAAUUGCGGGCGCAUUUCAGCUCCAGUUCCCCUCUUUUUUCUAAAGUGGUGAAUGGUUUUGAAUUCCAGGUUUGCUUGUUUGGAAACUCGGAAGUUUCAUUACGAGAUGCAUUGAGAGCGGGAACAGAUGAGGAUCAGCUCUUAGAAAUAAUCGGCGCUGCAGUAGGAAGAAAGAAAAAACAACAUGCAGGUUAUAUUUUUACGCCAGAACUUUAAUCGAUGUUACACGAACUUUUUAAUCUCCUAAAGUGUCCUUAAAAUGUCAACUUUGAAUGGAAAAAAUUUAUAGUAAUGCCUUGAAGAUUGAAAGGGAAGCAGCGGGCAUUGAAAAACUCGGGAGGGGAAAGAAAGAAAAUAGUAGUGCACGGUACUCAAAACAUAAAGUGUUUUUUAAAGUUCCAAAGAGAUAUAUCAACUUUUAUACUACUACGUGAGAAAUUACUGCAAUUUGAUUGGCUUAGAGCAGUGGUAUUUCAGCUUAAUUUGAAAUACCUACAAAAUUCGUUAAAAUUCCUCGACACAUCCAAAGAGGUCGUUAAAUCGAAAUCAUACUUUUGGGUCUCCUAGACCAAUGAGCAAUACAUAACAACAGCAUCUCCGUCCAUGCAGUAUCUACUGUAGGUUAUUUAGCAGGUGUUAUGUAUCAGUUGGUCUACAUGGCCUGGGACCCACAUUAGCGCCCAUGGCAUCUUGCUUCUAAUUCGAUUUUGUUAAGUCAGCAGCAUUUGUCAUUACAUCCACUGUGGCAACCUUUUGGAAAGCUACCUUAGUUAGACUAUACUGGGAUUUUAAUCCUUUUUUCUUGGAGGGAAGUUUAUUAUUUGUAGCUUUGCGCGCAGCAUGGUCAUUGGUUGGAAAUUACAAUUAAUUGUGUAUAUUUUCUCAUGUAGGAAUGUUCAAUAUUGCCAAACAGAAAAACCGUCCUAUGAUUUUGAUUGGCGGAUGACAAAGGGCCUUAGAAAAAAGGAAGUUAAGGAGACGGCGGAAGAAACUCCCCUUAAAUACGUAUCGUACAAUAAGUAAAUCAAUUAGUCCAAUUAGUUUGUAUAUAAGACUUAGUGUAGCAAGGCGUAGUGAAAGUAAAGUAGAAGAAUGGGAACAGGAAGAACAGAAUUAGCGUAGUUUUAUCUAAAAUCGUCUUCAAAUCAAGUUCUUUUCUGUACUACGCUAAGUGAAAAAGUGUUGAUACUCCUUAAAAAGGAUGAAGUUUUCACUUAUUCGGCUAGAUGGAUAUAAGAAAAUUGCAUCUCAACAAACCAUACAUGUAAAUAAAUUAUUAGGAUAUUUUGAAUAUUUUAUUGAAAAGUCAACGCAUCUGAGGAUAGUGUGUUAGAACGUAUCGCCAGCUUUGUGGACACAGAGCAAGCGUGGAUACAGAGCUUUUGAUUGCAAAAGCGCAUUGAUGUCGGCUACAGGGCCAAUAAGUAUCCGAUUAGUAGUCUGCGUAGCAAGCGUUUCCAAUCAAGUUACUAGUGAGUUUACGCAACGUGACGGGAGGAAGAAGAGGACAGCGAAACACUUGUGUGUGACAAAGGUGACAGGGCUAUUACCAGAAACUCAUAAGGGUUUCUGCUAUUACUUGGCAGUUUUUUCUUCCCAUAACAUUAAUGUUUCCUGGUCUUUUACAAAAGAUCUGUUCAAAGGAAGAUGUAGUUCGGCGAAAAGUUUUUUCAAACAAAAUUAUUGUCACGCUUGUCACACAAGGGGUGCCGUCUUCUUUCCUCUCCCGUCCUGUUGCGUAACUUCACUCUUGUGCGAAAGUUGGAACAAGAGCAAAAGGAAUUGAAGAUGGAACUCGCGCGGAAACGCUUGCUACGCACGCUACCAGAUUGGCAUUUUUCUGACGCGCAAAACAUGAAAGCGCUGGGGACGAGUCUGUGGGACUGAAGUCCUCAUCCAUUCCUCAUCCCUAGUCUCUUACGCAGCUGUCGUCACGCAAACGAGACAACUAACGGCCGUGUGGUUGAGGAUACUGCCUCAUCCCUAAAUGUGAACCUGUUGCAACCAUGGUCUGCGUCGAAACAGUGACUGUUACUUUACUUAAAGAUCUUCUCGAUGUAGUCACUGGAGAAUUUAUCCGAUGCGUUAUCUCCUUACUGUGCCUGAAUCAUACCAAUUUGUAAAGAAGAAACUGUAACUCUUCAACAGUCCUCCUGCGAUGUGAAUCGUUGAGAUGUUUGUACUUUAUUCUCUUGUGACAUUUCAAUGUUAUUAUAGAA